GUCUUUACACUAUCAGAGCCUCGAAAAUAUUAUAUCUUCAAAAGGAUGACCCCGGACUGCUCUACACCGCAAGAACGAAGCGAUCUACAGUAUGUACCUAGGUAAGUCGACGGUACUCCGGGGUCCGUGUGGUAGGUAAAAACAUCAACGGCAAACACAUUGCUUCCAACAGUGGGGUGUAUAUAUGUGCCGUUCGACAAGGAAAGUUGACCUUUUCCUUAAUACUGCAUCCCAUUGAUUUUCAUCCUCCUACUUCUCUUGUCCCUAUCCAAGAUGUCGUCCGCAAUCAUAAACAGCACGAUUCAAUCCGCGAUCCUCUCAGGAACAAGCAGCAUUCUCGCACAGUUCAUCACAGCGUACAAGAACAAUGAACAAUUCAUAAUAGACUUCUCCCAGGUCGGCCAGUUCCUCGCUUUCGCAGUCUUGAACAACCCUCCUAACUUCCUCUGGCAAACCUAUCUCGAACAUGCCUUCCCUUCCACGAUCCAAGCCGCACCUCGAGACAACAAGGCGGAGGUCGAGCGCAAAGAAAAAGGGGCUACCCCUCCCGAACCUCAACUGUCCAUCCCCAAUACGAUCAUCAAGUUCAUACUCGACCAGACGAUUGGCGCGGUGUUCAAUACUCUGAUAUUUAGCAUCGUGUUUGCAGGGUUUGGAGGAGCCAGCUUUGAGCAGGCGGUAGAGAUUGCGAAGCAGGACUUUUGGGGAUUGAUGUGGGCGAGCUGGAAGUUGUGGCCGUUGGUUAGUUUUGUGAAUUAUGCGCUGUUAAAGAGUGUUCAGUCGCGGCAGCUAGUGAGCGGGUUGGCAAACGUGGCGUGGGGGGUUUAUCUGAGUUUGGUUGCUGGGAGUGGUUGAGUUGACAAACGUUGGCUUUGAAGGGAUGGAUUAUAUGCGUCAUGACGGCUUACAGAUGGCUAGUAUGAAGGCCGGCAUAGACGGGCAGAGACU